AUGAAUUAUUUUUCUCAACCAAGCGUUUCGUUUCACAGAAGUUACAGUUCAACACUGAAAUGUCCUGUGCUCAUCGCAACCAUUUUGAUAUCAGGAAUAGGAGGAACCUUCCAGUAUGGAUUUAAUAUCUCCGUAUUGAACUCGCCAUCGGUUUUUAUUAAAACGCUGGUGAACAGCACCUGCCAGCUGCGUUACGGACGCUCCCUUGAACCCUGGGAGCUGUCCCUCAUCUGGUCCUUCAUCGUAUCCAUAUACUCGGUCGGGGGACUGAUCGGCGCCCUCUGCGCUGGACGCAUGGCAACUCUGUUUGGAAGAAAGAAAACGCUGCUAUUAAACAAUGUGGUGGCGAUCUGUGGCGCUGUCCUGAUGUUGUUGAGUAAGAUGGCCCUCUCAUUUGAGAUGAUCAUGGUGGGACGUUUCUUAUGCGGCAUUAAUGCUGGUGUGGGUUUGACGGUCCACACUCUGUAUUUGUUGGAAUGCGCCCCCAAGAGGCUGCGAGGAAUGGUUGGCGUUUCCGUCGCAUCCUUCGUGUCAUUUGGGAAGUUUACAGGACAGCUGCUCGGGAUCAGUGAGCUGCUGGGCACGGAGGAGCGCUGGAUUUGGUUGCUAGGCGUCAGCGGGGUGGCUGGUCUUCUGCAGCUGCUUACCUUGCCCUUCCUCCCUGAAUCUCCACGGUAUCUCCUGCUGGAGAGGGCAGACAAAGAUGGCUGCGAGAUGGCUUUGCGCAGGCUGUGGGGAGCUAAAAAUGACCCUAAACCAGAGAUGGAGGAAAUGUUGGCUGAACACGCUGCACUAAAAGGUGUGAAGAUCCACAGAGUCAUGGAUCUAAUUUUCGACAUCAGUGUCCGCUGGCAGCUCCUCACCAUCAUCGUGACUUUCAUCACUCUGCAGCUCUGCGGCAUCAACGCCGUCUAUCUUUAUUCAUUUGAUGUGUUUCAAGCGGCUGGUAUUCCCAAAGAAAAUGUGCGCUAUGCCGCCAUAGGAACAGGACUUUGUGAAAUUUCUGCUUCCUUAGCCUGUGUGCUGUUCAUUGAAAGCACAGGGAAGAGGGUUCUUCUCUUCAGGGGUUACCUGUUAAUGGCAGCAGCGCUGGCUCUGCUUACAGUUACGCUCUACCUACAGGCUUCUGUAACCUGGAUGCCAUACUGCAGCUUGGUCCUCAUUUUAAUCUACAUCGUCGUCUUCUCUACUGGACCAGCGGCUGUAACGUCUCCACUGCCUGCUGAGAUAUUUACACAGUCUUAUAAACCAUCAGCGUUCGCUGUGGGCUGCACCCUUAACUGGGUCGGACUCUUCCUGGUGGGCAUGUUAUUUCCCCUCAUAGUGAAGCAUUUGGAUUACUUCUGCUUCCUCAUCUUCUUUGCGUUCUGCUUCUUCUCUGGCAUAUUUGUUUGGUUCAGCGUGCCAGAAACCAAGAACAAAACUGUUCUGGAGAUCACAGAGGACUUUAAAAAAAUGCACCAGAAACGCUCUCAACAGUCUAAACUGUACCUCGAUGAAAUCCAGACCAAGCUUUAGCACCAGCGCAAAAAUAGGUAAUUUACCAUAGAUGAAUCAAAGUCGGUGUGCAUGCAUGUACCACCCAAUAAGCAUUCCAUGUGGUCUAUUAUUUGUGAAAUAUAGUCAGUAUGUUAAGACAAACUCUAUGCAAUGUUCCAUUUGUAAACCCAAAAUCCAAUUUCAAUUAGAGGCAAACUGAACGGUGAAUCAAUAGAUUUGUACUUUGUCACGCUGAGGGAUACCAAUACAGGUUUGGCCUGAUACAAUUGCAGUGGUGCAAUGCUUUUAUUGACAUUGUUACAUGAAUGGUUUUGUGGAGAUAUUGCCUUUCUUGACCAUCCCAUCUUGGCCUCAGGGGUGUGAUGAAUUUUUACCACAUCAUUAAAUUAUCAAAUUAAAUAUUGUACUCCACCAAGACGAGUAUGUUUGUUGGCAUCUUUCUUUAAUCAUCCAUAUUUAUCUACACUAAGAAGGUAAUUGCUUUAUCUUUUGUUUCACUUAUUCUUUAAUGGUUUUUUAAUAUGUAAACAAUUACAGGUAAUGAGAUGAAUCGGUGGAACAAUUACAUGACAAUGACUAUUAAAACUAUAAUGAAUGAUGUCAUUAGAUUUACUUCAAAACAUUUUUUUACACCUGAUGAAUAAUGAAACGUUGACAGCCAAUCAAAAUCUAUUAGAAUUUAAAGGGAUUGAACAUUUAAUUUUCCCUAUUGUGAUGUGAGUGAAACUGGAAUGGGAAAAGUGUAGGGUGGGACUUGAUUUCAUCAUCUGGGAAAUAAUUGGAUUGUCGAAAGUUAAAAGCCUGACCCUUUUUUGACAGUCAAUCCCACCCUCACACUGAGCUUUGCUUCAUCAAGAGAAGUGUUUUUAUUCAAGUUGCAUGAAUGUGAAAAGUUGCUGUGGUAUUCCCGUUAGUGAUUUUUUUUUUUGCAUCUGUGUUUGAAAAAUAUAAAAUACUUUGUCUUCAUUUAGAGUUCCCCUGGUUAUUUCCGCCACUGUUGCUUCAGUGAGACAAUGGUAAAUUUGUAGUUUAUAUAUAGUACUGUGCAAAAGUCUUAGACCACCAUGCCACGAAGAUGUGUUGUUUUUGAAAUGUUAUAGUGAUUAUUAUAUAAUUUUUUCUCAUUCUCUUUAAUAGAAUACAUCCAGAAAAUACCGGAAAUGUGUAUAUAGUAUUAAAAACUGUAUAAAAAUGUAAACUGAUGUGUCAAGUUUUUAUAGGGUAAACUCCUCUUCCACUUGAGCAAUAGCAGGCAGCUGCAGGAUUUCUUAAACCUAGAUAAAAUUAAAUCCUAAUUUCUAAUUUUAAAGAAAUUAGGCUUUUUACUUCAUUCUGCUCAAAAACACUCAAGAUGUGUUUAGCGCCAAUUAAGGUCACACUAAACACAGACAA